AUAGUAUGUAGUUAUCGCAAAGUUAAGUGGCACGGUUUCGUGGUUGAUUGUUGGGAAGUAUGGAAUUUGAUUUGAUGUGGUGAAUAAGAGCUGACGUUUACUCUUUAAGUUAAAUCGCCAUGUUACUGUUUAUGAAAUUAAGUUAGAAAUUUAUAUGUAGUGAAAAUUUCCUUUUAAGAUAUUUCUGUAGGUUAUGCAUCUUUCGAUGUAGCUGAAAGAAGGUGUGUAGAAUCUCGAAACUCACCGUGUCCUGUGAUUGUGUUAUAAUAUAUGUAUUGUUUCUUGCAGGAUAAAUGGGAAAAAAGAAAUUUUGCACUUGGCCAGGGUGUUCGUCAUCCAGUAGGCAGACAGGUUUGAAACUCUUCAACUUUCCCAGGUAUUCAGCACGGGCUAUGGUGUGGGCAGGAAGAGUUGGGAUAUCCUGCACUAAUGAUUCUACUAGAAUGGUGUAUUAUAAAUUUUUGUGCAGCUGAACAGAUUUGCAGUUCCAUGUAGCUCAGAUUCUGCAGCACAAUCACUCCCACAACCUCCUGAUCAUUACACACCAUUUCAGGAGGGUGCUGCAUUGAAUACCUGGCAACAGCUGCACAUAAUGAGGAGGUUGACAAACUCUUUGAGAGGUUAAAUGGUGGAACACCUGUUGACCCUUGAGAGCACUGUGUUGCUCACUAAGCGAUAACAGUCCACAGUAUAGAGCACUGGUUAUCCGCUUCAGCAAGAUCAAUAUCAGGAUUCAGUUAUAAAUGGGAAGGAAGAAGUGUUUUGCUCCAGAAUGCACGUCUUCCAGUGAGGAAACUGGAAUGAUAUUCUUCAAUUUUCCCAUGGAUUCAGCACGGGCUAUGGUAUGGGCAGGAAGAGUUGGGUUAUCCUGUACUACUAAUUCUGCUAGAAUGCUGCACAAUAAAGUUCUGUGCAACAAACAUUUCUCUGAAAGUGAUUUCACUACAGCUGAAAGGGUACACAUUAACAGAUGUGCAGCAAGCCUCAAUGCUCUAGUGGAUAUAGGUGGGUGCAGCAGUGAAUACAUGGUAACAGCUGUGUUUGUUGAGGAGGUUGACAACCUCUUCAGUAGUUUCAAUGGUGGAACAAGUGUUGGCCGAAGGAAAACACUGAGUUGCCCACUCAGUGACAACAGUCCCCAUAUAGAGCUCUGGAAAAAGGCAAGUAUGGGGAUAAAGAGUUGGAUCUUCCUCAAGGAUGGUAAACCCGCCUUUCUUCAUCCUCCUCUUGCACACAAUGGGUGGCUGAUUGACAUCACUGCUGCCCAGCAUGUGUGAAGGACACUGAAAGAGGCGGGUUUUGAGUAUCUUCACACCCAAAACCUGAAUCAGGACCCCCUUGAGAACACAUUUGGAGCUAUUUGUUUAAACUGUGGUUCAAACAAUAACCCAACUGUGGGACAGUUUGUAGAUGCCCUGAAGACUAGCAUCAUCAAUGGCCUUGCAUUUAGAGGACUGGGAGAAAGUAAUUGUGAGGAUGAUGGUGCUACUCUUCUGGAUAAUCUGCAAUCGCUUGUCAGGGCACCUGAAGCUGCUUCACGAAAUCCUUCCACAAGUCAUGACAAGGAAACCCCUGCUGGUGUGCCUGAGAGUUCCCAUGUUGCUCAGCAAGUACAGAUGGACAUGAGUCCUGCAGUACCUGCUGGUGACAUGGAAGUGUUCUCAGUAGCUUAUGUCAGUGGUUCCAUUGCCAGACAGGUGCUUUGCGGUGUCAGC